AUGGAAAUCCGUGUCCCUCUAAAUCCUCAUUGUGAUCAACAGCUCGCAACAAAUACAAAACCGAUCACCCGACGACUUAAAUCCAUCACAACUGUGCGAUACGUUUACGCAUGCAUCCACGUUGAUCUAUCUCAAACCCGGUUCACCGCACCGACCAACGUUUCCUCAAUUCGAUUGUGUUUCGCCGUUCGACGUGCGUUGGACAAUGCCGUCUUGGAAUUGUUCGGUCAACUAUCCGGUACUCCACUAUUGCAAUACGAUGUGUUGCUCUGCCGACCCGUGAUUAAAGGUUAUUCAACAGAAUUCACUUGUUCAAUACUGCUGUCCAUUGUCGAGGCCCACUUGUGUCAGAUGCUAACGGUUCUGGGUCUGCUAAGCACCGAUGUAGGUGGUUAUGAACUGCUCAGUUUGUUUCCCGAUCAAGUCGUUUCUCAACGGGACAAUAUAAUCACUUAUGUGGAAGUUAUCAGCGUGCACGAAUCCUUAUUCGCUGUGAAUCUUGAUCUCGAUUCUUGA